AUGGUGUUUAUUGGGAUCGGGCUGAGGAGUCCUGUCAGAAACGGGUCGGCUUACUGCGAGUCGCUGCCCGAGUAUGGGAACCUGCUGGGGAACGACCUGCUGUGCCCGGCUCUUCUCAUCUACAGGUCGUACGGCAUUCAGUUCACGCAGGCGUCAGUGGUGGGGCGAAUAGACGUGUUCCGCUGCGCCUACACGAAGCUAGACUCGCUCUUUGCCACGGCGCCGUGGGACUUCCAGUACCACCCGGGGGUCAUCCGCAUGGGCAUGAGCGGCAUAGGCGUCAACCUCACCUCCUCGGAGAAUAUCAUCUCCAAUAACGACCUCUUUGGCGCGUGGGAGCUCAUCUAUCUCUAUCGCGGCACCAUCGGCGCCACCGUUCGCAACAACUUCCUCCACGACUACCUCUUCUCAGGCUUCAGGUGUGGUGCGGACGUGCAUUUCGCGUGGGACUGUGCGCUGACGACAGUGAAGCACAACUUUGUGUUCUCCCCGCAGAAGAAGAACCUCACAGGCGACUCUGCUGGCAUCUACUUCUGCACGCACUGGUUCAACCCCGGCAACACGGUGAGCUGCAACUAUGUGAUCGGCGGGGACCACUGCUACUACCUGGACUACUGCACGUCAGGCGUGGCCAUUCAGGGGGGCGUGUGCCUGCAGCUGUGGGACGGCGUGAAGCUCAACAACGGCAAGAGGAACCACAUCCGCAGCCUGCUCAUGGUGGGGCUGGGCCAGAGCCCCGGCUACAUCACGUGCUUCACCGUUACGCUGAAUCACUGCGGGAGGGAGCCGGGGAAGUACUGGGAGGCGAUGCGGAAGCUGAACUACGACACGCCAGAGAUCAAUAAGCCGGGGUGGUACUGGGAGGCCAUGCGGAAGCUGUACUACGACACGCCAGAGAUCAAUAAGGUGAGGGUUAAUAAAACUCCUCUCCACCACCCCUCUCCACCCCUCUCCACACCUCUCCACCCCUCUCCACUCCUCUCCACUUUUCUCCACCGAUCUCAACCCCUCUGCACCCCUCUCCACCCCUCUCCACCCCUCUCCACUCAUCUCCACCCCUCUCCACACCUCCACCCCUCUCCACACCUCUCCACCCCUCUCCACUCCUCUCCACCGCUUUCCACCCCUCCACUCAUCUCCACACCUCUCCACCCCUCUCCACUCCUCUCUACCCCUGUCCACCCAUCUCCAACAAUCUCCACCCCUCUGCAUCCCUCUCCACCCCUCUCCACCGCUCUCCAUCCCUUGCAAAACCCGCAUCCCUUGUUCCUCCACCAGGAAUGGCCAUGGAUGAAGCACGUGUGUCGGCAGACGCGCAUCGGCGCGUACAGCUGCAACCCGCCCGGGCCCGGCGCGCUCACUGCACACGACACCGGCGCGUGCAGCGGAAUGGCGACGGAAAACGACGUCGAAUACAUUGUUGUCGAUCCGGACUCUCUCAGGGACGCGGAAUAUCGGUACUGCGAGAAAAACCCUGGCGCGGAGUAUUUGAACCGGCAGGUUGUCUACAGGGUUGCUCGUUUCCCUUUCCUCUCCACCAUAGCAGCAGCGCUGCUCCCCUUCCUCGCCCCCAUCAUCUCAUCAUAG